AUGUUUACCCUCAGAUCCAUCCUCGGCCUCUCCCUCAUGAUAGCCCCUACCCUUGUCGCCAGCUUCGAGGACAUCUACUUUGGCUCCUAUUCGGGUGAAGGCCUCGGCGGCACCUGGAGAACUCCCAGUCAGAUGGGCGUCUGCUACUACCAGGUCAUGGUCGGCGAUCAAUCCAACUGUGAUGGCCUCCGCACCAAUCCCGCUGAUGGCUCCGGCGGCUGCCCGGGACAGAACUUCAGCGGGCCUAACUUCUGCCAUAUGCCCAUCCCUGGACUCCCAGAAGGUUACGAACUCACCGCAACGGCGGUGACUGCCCCUCUGAUGAUGAAGCAGCAGACGGAGUCUGGUACGCUGAAUAUCACUGACAAGAACAAUGGAAACGUCAAGGUCGGACGCUGUGUCUACGAAUACAAGAAGGGACCCAACUGCGCAAGCACUGGAAGCUUCCUGACCAACAGAUUCGUUCACUGCUACCCUGACGCAUAA